AUGGACCGGAGUCUCUUAGGCAAGUCGUCUCUCAUGCGGAGGAGCGCCGCACCCGGCGCGGACACCCAGCAGACAGGGCACGCGGUGCGCAAGGCGCCCGUGCCGGUGCUGCCUCGCCCCGGCGACCGGCCAAAAACGGGCGGCAGGCCCCGCUGGGGCGUCGACGACGACGAAGGAUCGCCCUCCGCGCACGCGGAGUCCGCCGCGGGGCGGCUCGAUGCGCGCGAGGGGGCUCCGGGGCCCGCCAGCAGCGACCACGACAGCGGGAUGCUGUCGCGGGCGUGGCUCGCGGCGUCCGCGGCGUCGUCCCGGCAGCUCGACCCCCUCAGAACGGACGUGCCGCUGGAUCCAGCCGCCGGGUCGCCGCGCAUGCCACAUAUCAGCGAGGCGCCUCUGUCGCCGGCAUCAUCGGAGCCGGACCUCGAGACGAUGCAGUCGUCCGCGUCCGUGCUGGUGCGGGAGGGCGCUCAGGGACAGUUGCUGGACUCUCCGCGGCCCUCCGAGCCGCGUCGCGGCGGCCUCCGGAGGCCCCGCGCGGCCACGGAGAUGGUCCCGACGAGCAACGCUGCAGAGCGUGACCUGCCCGGGCCACGCACGCUCAAGUUCGGGGUCGACGAGGUGCGCGAGUACGAGCGCGAGGGGCGCGACGACGCGUCGGACAGCUCCGGCGGCUCGUAUGCGUCGAGCAUGAAGAGCGGCGCUACCGGGUACGCGCCCACGGAGUACGUGCGUCAGUUCCAGACGGCGCUGGAGAUCAGCGUGGAGGCGGCCAAGGCGGGCGACUGGGAGAUGGUCGACCAGAUCCUGUACGACAUGGGGCUGUCGGAGACGCGGGACGUCAUCCGAAAGGUGAUCACGUCGACGGACAACAAGCAGCUCGUGCGGAAGUUCGCGAAGCAGCUGGCGCACGACAAGGCCAAGCUGGAGCGGAAGCGCGAGAUUCGGCAGCGCGCCCUGUCCCUGUCGUCGCGCAACAACGCGGAGUGGGGGGGGGAGCCGCAGGAGGAAGCCCCCCGGGGGAGGAUGGGGGGGUAUUUGGCCGGCGCGCAGCGCUUCGCUGAGUUCGAGAGGGAGUUCGAGCGUGCGAAGAGCUCGGCGGGCGGGCUGGAGGACGGGGACGACGCGGACGUGGCGUUCGCGACGGCGGCGGUGAGGGCGGGCUACAAGCGGGCUACUUACGCCAAGAGUCUGGGGCGGCAUUCGGGGUUCGGAGACGCGGCGUCGGUCGCGAGCUCGGGGCGCGGGCGCGCGGAGGAGCGGUUCCACCUGAUCACGUCGCACGAGAACCACGCGGAGGAAUCGGAGGUCAAGUGGGCGGCGACACGCGCCGCGGUGAAAGAGAUGGAGCGGUUCGAGAAGAGCAUCAAGAUCAUGCAAGAGAAGUCGAAGAAGAGGAUUGAGACGCGCUCGCACAGCCUCGCGCACUACUUCCAGAAGGACGAGGCCGCGGUGGUGAUUCAGCGGUACUGGCGCGGCUUCUGGACGCGCAAGACGCUCCUGAAGCGCCUCCGCCGCGAGGCAAUGAUGACGCAGCUCCGCGAGUUCGAGGACGCGAUGCUCGACGAGAUCCGGCGCGAGGACGCGAUCAGGGCGCGCGCGGAGAGGGAGGCGAAGCGCCGCGCGGUGGCCCUCGAGCUGGCCGAGCGCGAGAAGGUCGCGAAGGAGCGGUUCCUGAUGCGCAUGAUGCGGUCGCAGGGGAAGACGCUGUCGCAGGGUCCGCGCAGCGAGACGGAGGAGGGGACGCCGUCUGUGGCGCCGCAGGACAGCGUCCCGAUCGCAGGACUCACGGACGGGCUACAGAUCGGGACGGGUGCGGCCGUCCGCAGAUCGGAGCCAGGCGGUGCGGGAGGCCGCAAGCGCCUGAGCGUCAACCCCUUCCUGGAGCAGGCUGCGGCGAGGCAGGACUCGCAGUUCGGAUUGCCGGGCUUCGUGCCCCCUCGCGGCAGCCGGGAUUCGCGUCCCCGGCAGUCGUCGGUGCUGGUUGGGUCUCAAAGGGCCAAGUCGGGCGUCACCCGGGCGCCACGGACGCAACUGCCCGCGGGAAUCCAAGAGGAGGACGAGCUGCGCCGUGUCGCGGCUUACUCGGACGGCGGAGAGCUGCGCAAGGGUCCGCGACAGGAUGGCGAGCACACACGCUCGACGCGCUCGCAGAGCGAGGCGGGGCAGGCGUCUGCGCGCUCACGGUCGGCGACCCCGCCGGGGACCCUGCGGGGCCCGAUGCUGUUCAUCGCGUCGGACGACGAGCAGCCCGACGACAGGAAGCUCCCAAGCGACCGAGAGAAGCCCAGAACGGGCCCCGUCAUGAAAACGCCGCGCGUGAAGACCGAAAGUGGAUCCUACAUCGCGUCCCCCGGUGCGUCGGCGAUCCGCGAGUCGGCGUCCGAGCACUUCGGAGUGAGCGCUCCGCGCGUGCAACGCAACCCCAGCCCCAGCUCGCUGGCACGUGCUGAGGGCAAGCGAUCGAAAAAGCUGGCGGCGGCGGGGCGCCGAGGCCGCCCGGACGCGCCCGAGUUCUCCGAUGACUUCUCCUCGGGACAGCUCGCUCAGAAUGCUCCGGGCGGGCCGGUCGCGAAGCGCCUUGCGUCGCAGGCAGCACACACAGUGGGGCGCGGCGGGAAGUGGCACUUCGGGCCGGGGCGGCCCGGGUCCGGCACGGCCGAGGACGCACUGCCACGCCGCACGCUGCUCAGUCCGCCGACGGGCAUCGGCGGCAUCCUGGACGCGGCGGCCAUACAGAACAAGCGCACGAAGCAAUCGAGGGACAAAGUGCGGACCCGGAUCGCGGCGAGCGAGGCGAGCGCGCAGGCGUCGCUCGACAAGCUGCCGUUCCUCGUGGCCGGCGUGGGCGGCAAGCGGCCCAACCAGGCCGCAGUGUCCGUCCCGACGGCGCUACCCGGGGUGAGGGGUGCCGGCCAGGCUGGCACCCCCGGACACUUUGCGACGCUCGCUGCGGAGUCGCACGACGAGGAGGACGCGGAGGCACGAGCCGCGGCGCGGCCUUUGCAGCCCGAUGCGACCGGCAUCACUGAACAGCCCUCGUCGCCCCGGCAGCGGGCGACCGCGGCCACGGUGGUGCAAGAAUCGUCGGACAGGGCACCGAUCUGGAAGAGCAGCUCGAAGCGAUCGUUCCGGCAGAACGCGCCGCUCGCACCGUCGGUCUCGCAGGUCCCGUCGCCGGCGCCCUCGAAGCACGAACGUCCGCUGGCGACGCAGCCCUCGCUCGAGGGCGCCACAGCACCCCGCAUGGUGCGUGGGUCGUCGCCGACGCGGUCGCCCGGCGGCCAGCAGUACCCGGGCAAGGAUGCGCCAGCUGCAGCUGCAGCGCGGCGGCGGACGCGCCGUCGGCCGCCGCAGCUGUGGGUCGACCUCGACGAGUUCACCCGCCAUCCGACGGCGCAGCUGCGGGACGGGUUCCCCGGCCGCAUCGUCGACACCAGCGCCGUGUCGCUCCUGCGAUGCUCCAUGCCCAAGAAGGGGGACGCCGCCGUGCACCUGCCGCUGAUGGCGCAGCUGGUUGUAGACACGCCGAUCCGGCCCGUUCGCACGCGCCCGCCGACGCGCAAGCUCGAGCCCGUCGGCGCGCAGGACGCGGAGCACACGGCCGCGGUGGUGUCGCCGGUAGCGUCCCCGCGGGGGCCAGGGCACGACGAGCGCGAGCAGGCGCGGGUGCUCGCCGGACCGGGCCGCACGGGCGCGCCGGCGUGGGGCCGCGGCGCGCUCCGCAACGACCUCGUGCACGCCCCGGCGGCCAUCACCGCAGCGUUCGAGGGUGCGCUGCUGCGCGACGUCUCUUCGGGGAGCAUCGGGUUCGCGCAGGCGCCCCCAGACGUGGAGCGCCUCGCGACCAGCGUCAAGGGGCGCUCGAAGUUCGCGACAUUCUUGCGGCAGACCCCGCAGGUCGCGUUUGCGCCCGAGGAGCUCGCGGCGCUGGUUCCCAGGAACGGUGACGCCGCGCGGGGCUUCGCGUCGACGAUCGCGUGA